UCCAGAGGCAGUUGGAUUUUUGUCAGCUGUUGGGGUGUUUAUUAUCUUGAUGCUGCUCCUUUUUCUCUAUAUUAAUAAGAAGUUCUGUUUUGAAAAUGUUGGCGGGUUUCCAGAUCUUGGUUCAGGAUACAGUACAAGGAAGAACUCACAAGAUAAAAUUUAUAAUUCCUACAUGGAUAAAGAUGAGCAUGGUUCAUCCUCUGAAAGUGAAGAUGAAGCACUGGGUAAAUAUCACGAGGCCUUGUCCAGAACCCACAAUUCCAGACUACCAUUGGCAGAUUCGAGACAAAAGAACUAUGCUUGGGAAACGAGACAAAAAUACAGCCCUCUGUCUGCGGAGUAUGAUGGCUACAGUAGCGAAGCAUCGAUAGAUGAAGGAAACUGCAUUCAGAGAAUGAGAAGAACACCCCCACUGGAUGAAUUGCAGCCACCACCAUAUCAGGAUGACAGUGGUUCUCCCCAUCUCUCAUGUACGCCCUCAGAAAUUGGGGACAGUAAAUGUGAAUUUUCCCACUGCAGCAACAGUCCAAGAUGCUCAUACAACAAGUGUCCAAGUGAAGGAAGCAUAGGUCGUGAAAUAGAAAGUUUUCCUAAUAAAGGAUAUGAAGAAGAUGUUCCAAGCGACAGCACCGCAGUCCUGAGCCCGGAAGAUAUGUCAGCUCAAGGAUCAUCGUCACAGCUUCCUAAACCUUUUGAUCCUGAGCCAGAAGCUAAAUACGGCACACUGGAUGUGACUUUUGACUAUGACUCCCAAGAACAGAAGCUUCUGGUAACAGUGACGGCUGUCACAGAUAUCCCAACACAUAACAGGACAGGUGGCAACUCAUGGCAAGUACACCUUGUUCUUCUACCUAUAAAGAAACAGAGAGCAAAAACCAGCAUCCAGAGAGGACCAUGCCCUGUCUUCACAGAAACAUUCAAAUUUAAUCACGUUGAAUCUGAGAUGAUUGGAAAUUAUGCAGUUCGGUUUAGACUAUAUGGUGUACAUCGCAUGAAAAAAGAAAAGAUUGUGGGGGAAAAGAUUUUUUAUUUAACAAAAUUGAAUCUUCAAGGGAAAAUGUCAUUACCUGUGAUAUUGGAGCCUUCUUACAAUCAUUCUGGCUGUGACUCCCAAAUGAGUGUGUCAGAAAUGUCCUGUAGUGAAAGUACAUCCUCAUGUCAGUCUCUUGAACAUGGCUCGGUUCCAGAAAUUCUCAUUGGCCUGCUUUAUAAUGCCACAACUGGAAGACUAUCAGCAGAAGUGAUAAAAGGCAGCCACUUCAAAAACUUGGCAGCAAACAGACCACCCAAUACGUAUGUUAAAUUAACUCUUCUGAAUUCCAUGGGUCAAGAGAUGUCCAAAUGCAAGACAUCCAUCCGCAGAGGGCAGCCUAAUCCAGUAUACAAGGAAACUUUUGUUUUUCAAGUGGCCCUAUUUCAACUUUCUGAUGUGACACUCAUACUGUCUGUGUAUAACAAACGCAGCAUGAAAAGAAAAGAGAUGAUAGGCUGGAUUUCUUUAGGUCUGAACAGCUCUGGAGAAGAGGAGCUCAAUCACUGGACUGAAAUGAAAGAGUCGAAAGGACAGCAAGUGUGUAGAUGGCAUGCGUUACUAGAGUCAUGAUGAAUAGGGUAACCAAGCAAUUACAAUCCAAGGCAGCAUUAUCUCUGAUUGCAGCAUUACUGUUUUUACCUAGUCACCAUUAGAAGAGCUGUUCUUUGAAGCAUCAUCCUCAACAUUCUACCAGAAUGCGUUAAGGUCUGCGGAAAGAGCGUCUAAUACUGACACAAAUGAAGAAAAGAUGUGUCUCUUUUAGAGCUUGUUUGGGAAAUGAGACAGUUGCAUCAUCAUUGUUAACAGUCCUCCAGAGCUUUCAGAACAUACUUUUGGUUUGAAGUUAAGUUUACUUUGGCAAAAGAGCCAGUAAUUUCAUG